AUGAUCGAAGCGAUCUCUCGGGGCAUGAAGUUUGACGGUGUCAGCAAGAAAGUGGACCCGGACGAAGAUCGGGCGCAGAGGCAGAAGGAGAUCGAAGCCAGGAGGCUGUCCCUCAAGAUGCACAUCGAGGAGCGCGGGGAGAGCCGCAACCCACACCGCAGCGUCGCGCAGAAGAUAGAGAACCGGCGGGAGCACAAGCUCGGCGGACUGAGCGUCCCGCUGAUGCGCAUUAGCGUCGCUGGGCCAGGUGGCUCAAAGAAGGUGCCCGUGGUGGACGUGGGCAUGCUGCGGAGCAGGCUGAAGCAGCCCUCGGGAACGAACGUCAGGGGGCUGCUGGAGCUGCAGCGCCUCGAGGACGCCCGCGAGCGCAGCGACAGCCCGAGUGAGAGCGAGGGAGCAGGUUUUACGGAGCAGCAGCUAGCGACUCUGUUGAAGCUGAUAGGAGAGAGCAGCCGUCACCAGUUCCAGGAGUUGAAGGACGAGCUGCGGAACCUUCCGCAGCAGGGAGCGAGCACGAGACCGCCGGAGACCAAGACCGAGGCGGUCCACGAGACAGAGGGUGCGGGCCGGCACGCUCGCGACGACCCGUGGGCCCAGGAUGACCCAUGGGGCGGCCGGCAGGAGCCAGACGAGCAGCCAGCAGGGAAGUGGGAGCGAGGUACCUCGUGGGGAGGUAUGCGCGAGCCCUGGUGGCAGAGCUCCGACGGCAAGAGCCACGGCUACGACGGGAACAAGAAGGACGACCACGACGGGCAGUGGUCAUGGAGAGGCCGCGACUGGAGCUCGUCCAGCUGGUCAUGGCAUGAGAAGUCCUGGUCCAGGCCUGACUACUCGGACCCCGACCCGUGGAUGGGGUGGGCGGACUUCCGCAUCUGGCGCCGCAAGAUCAAGCGCUGGCUCUCGUCCACCGACGUGCCGAUUCAGAAAAGAUCCGACAAGUUGCUGAAGACGCUGGACUUAGAGCUCCAGCGCAAGAUGGAGGACAUCAGUGACGACGUCCUGAUGUCGAGCGUGGGCCCGGACAUGAUAGUGAAGCGGCUCGACACGAUGAGCGGCAAGAGAGUUGAUGAUGAAGAUCGCCGAGCAGCCCGAGAGUGUCUCUUCGGGUACCAGCGCAAGGCUGGAGAGACUUUGUCCAUGUAUGCCGCGCGCAUGGAGCAGCAGUUCGAUUUACUCCGUGCACAGGGACUUCCACUACCGGACAAGUGGAUGCACCUCUUCAUGGAAGAGGGGGUGAACCUAGAUGACAGUGGCAAGCAGAUGCUACGAGUGCUCACGCGCGGCUCGGGUAAGUACGAAGACCUCCAGAACGCCAUCAGAGAGCUCGACCUGUCCAAGACCGAGUCUCUGUCCGGAGCCGCUCGUGCUGCACGCACGUACCUCGGCGAAGACAUCGAGGAAGGCUCCGGCACGUACCACGGAGAGCAGGAUGACGAAUCAGAGCUGUCCGUGGACACCGACAUGGAGAACGAGAUAUUGCUGUGCAUCGACUCGGCAGUUAUUGACGAAGACCAAGCACCUCUUGUUCUAGCAGAGCUCCAGCAGGAGCGAAAGAAGACGUGGAAAGAAAACAAAAUGAUGAAGCGCCAGGUGAAGGUGGACCGGAAGUUCUACCCGCCGGAAUGCCCGGAGAACAAGCAGUCCUCGACCAACGGCUUCGUGUUCCUGAACGAGCCGUCCGCCGACGCUUCGGGGCUCGUCCUGGCCACCCUCAGCGACGUGGUCAAGCGCUGCGAGGAGGCCCUCCGCAGUCUCCCCAGCCAGGCGCCGACGGCCGCGGACAUCUUCCUGACCACCGAGGGCGGCAAGAUCAUCGUGGACACUGCAGCGGCACAGGGCCUCAUUGGCCCCCAGUCGCUGGCUCUUCUAGAGAAAAGGUGUCAUGCAGUGAAUCAGGAGCUCCCGGCACUCAUGCCAGUGGGCAUGCAAGAGAUGCUGGGAGCGGUCAUCGAUUUGCCCCGGGGCCGCGUCCAGUUCACUCAGCUGGGAGUCGAGACGCCACUAGAGAAGCUCCCGAGCGGCCACCGAGUAGUGAGUAUCGAUCGCCUAGGCCCUCCCGCAGAAUUCGAGGCGCCCCCUGCUGUGGCGGCCAAGUACGACUUGAAGCCGGGAGCCUUUUGCCUUUCUCCCAAGAAUAAGGUCUGGAUCGCGACGAAUCAGCCGAUCCCCGACACCAUCACGAAGAGGGAGUUUCGCUGGGCAGCCCUGGCCAGCCGCUCGCUGAUACGCGAGGAGACGCUCGGGGCCAACCUUCUGAUGAUGAGCGCCUCGGGCCGCCUCUUCCCGCAGGACUGGCCCAGGAGAAUGCGCACCAUCGACUCGAGGCAAUUGGAGUGCCGUCAUCCCCUCGACCAGGAGAUGCUGCUGGGCAACCGCCAUGCGAAGUGGCACAAGUGCGGCAGCUGCGCGCUGAGGCUGAGCUACGAGUCCACGCCCAUCCUGAAAGGGGAGUCCAAGACGUCGCAGCAAUGUCCUCCGGUGACACGCCCGAGCGCUCGCAGAGUUCGCGGGACAGCGAAGGGCAUUCUCGAGUCCAGCAUGGCGUCGACGAAGCCGGAGGCCGGAGCACCUUUCACGCCGACGACGGUGAAAGGCUACCGCCCAGGCCCCCCGAUGAAGGAGUACGAGCACAUGGAGGUGGACGCUCUUCCACGGAGACGCGGCCGGGCGCCCAUGGAGCAGGCCGAGGAGGACAACCAGAAGGCGCAGCAGGACAUGCUGAAGACCCAGGAGAAGAUCUUGGAGAUGCUCGGGCAGGUCCAGGGGCAGGUGGCGACCCAGGGAGCCGCCCUGGCGACCCAGCAGGAGGCCAUCCAGUGCCUCCAGGCUCACACCCAGAGCCACGCGCUGGUAAUCGCGAGCGCCACGACGGGGGCUUCGCAGGCCGCCGCGGCUGCUGCCAGUUCGGGUGCGGCAGUGAACGGAUGGCAGGACGUCUCGCACCUCUCACCAGCCGAGCAGAUCCAGUACGUCAAGACCUCGGCUCCCGACGGUCCGGUGACGCUCAAUCUACCUUUUCCCGGCGGGACGCGCCAGUGGGUGGAGAAGGGCGAGAUCUACUUCGAGACGGAUCCUGGGACGCUGUUCCUGAUCGGUCCGAACUUAGAGGCGGCGCCGGCGAAGCGCCUGAGCGAGGAACGACUCAAUGCCUCGACUGGGGCAGUCUGA